AUGACGAAAUUUUCAAAUAGCCUUAUUGCGAGUUUCUGGUUAGGUAAAGAGUUACAAUCGAAUGAUAUUAUACGAAAAGAAGAAGUUAGGGCUACUCUAAACACCUGGCAAAGUUGUCUGAGUCUUCGCGUAAGACAGUUGCUCUUAUUUGAAGACGAAUGUAAUCAAAGUUUUAAGGAAUUGGUUUUAUCAGAUAAUAAUAAUAGCUCUGUAAUAUGUGAGAAAGGUUUACUUAAAGAAAGUGUGUUUGUAGGGUUGCGGAAUGACAAUGUUCCCUAUGAUACUUUAGAAGCGGAACCUUUCACUAAAGCGUCAAAUAUAAUAAAAUCUAUUGCGCGUCAAAUUUCGAAAUUUUUCGAUUUUAACAUAAUAUCCACAAAUGACUUUUUGAAUUUGUAUCAUGAUGAACUGAAGUGGUGUGAAGAUUAUGGUGUGUAUAAAAAAUGUAUUGAACUGUAUCUUGAAGAAGAUUAUUUUACAGUUUUAUUGAUGGUAAUAUCGAAUUUGGAGCGAAUAUUGGGUGAUAUCAUUUAUUCCCUUUAUAACGAUUCAUCCUUUAUUCCCUCACUUCUUCGUGAUUUACUCAUAGCGCCAUCUCUCGUUUCAAUUUUUGGAGAAGAUAUGAUCUUUUUUCUUAGGUGUAUAAUUGGACCUCCAAGUUCGAUGAAUUUAAGAAAUGUACUUUGGCAUGGUUUCAUUAAUCCUCAUGAGUUUUUACCAAUCCCAGCUAAAUGGUAUUGUUCGCUCAUGUUAACUAUUACCAUGAAUGUUUGCAAUAAAGUAAGACAUAAGGGAGUGAUAGUUUUAUUGAAGAAAAGAGAUGGGGUGAGCUUGGAUGGGUAUUACUAUUUGACUCAACACGUUGACAAAACUGAUGACAAGCACGCAUACGAUUCGAUCAAAGAAGAUUUUGAUCAACUAUACGAACGCGUGAUAAAUUUCUUUGUAAUCUCACAAUCUCAUUCGACCUGGUUACGUGCAUUUCAUAAUUUAUCCAAUGAUCAAGUGUUGUUAUCUUUCAUCCUUGUAUUACCGCUUCUUGAACAUUGUCUAAGAAGGAUUUACGUUUGCGUGAACAAAGAUGUGCAAUCUCAUCGAAUGGGUACCGUGGAAGUUGGUGAAUAUUUUCUGACACUAGAUAUUAUUCUAGAAGAAAAGGUUGCUAGAGCUUUUUGCGGGAUUGAAGAAGUGAAGAAGGAUGAGGAACAAAUGAAUGAGAUUUAUUCGGAAUUCGGAGGAGACGUCAUGGAUUUACUCCUUGAUCUAUUUGUUCAUGCUGGUGGACCUAGGCUAAGAGAUCGUGUAGCUCACGGAGAUUGUCAGUCCUCGACGACUAAUGAGAUAAAACUUUAUGAGACUUGGAUAUCUAACUAUCGUUCUCGUUUUCACCCAAUUCCCUUACUUUGGAAAGAAAACGUUCAAAUGAUUACGAAUGUAUGGAAAUGUUGGAACGUUUAUCGAGAAAUGGCAAAAACUGGCAGGUUUAUGAUGGGUAAUUGGAUCGAACCCUCUUGGGUUAUGAUAAGUGAAAAUCCCGAAGAUUUUAGCUUGUUUGAGCAGGGGUUCCUCAAAAAUAUUGUGGAAGUAGACAAUAUAUUCAUAGUUGUACAGGAUUGUUGUACGAGACUUAAUAAACGUAAGCUCGGAGAAGCAAAGCACUUUGAAAAUAAUUCGAUUUAUUGGAGUCAAAUCAAGUUCACAAAAGAUGAUGCCAAGGUUAUUAAUUUUAGGCGUGGGGUGAUCAAGAAAGCCAAUGCUGGGGUUGAAAAGUUACAUUCAAUACUUAUAAAUUUACAUUCAUCAAAUUCUUUAUCAUCACGUAAACGUAAGAAUACUCAAUCAUUAUUUAAUUUAUUUCCCAGCAUUUUUCAACAAUUAUAUUUUGCAUUGUUAACGCUUGAACAGACUAGAAAUCAAAAAGCAAUGUUGUCAAAAUUAGUGUUUGUUGAAAGAUGGAAUGGAUUUUGCGUUGAAGGAAAUUAUAAAGAUAUAAAUGGAGCAUUCGAAGAAUUACUUAAACAUUCUAAAACUGAUGAUUAG